AUGCCUCUUCAACUGUUUGGCAGGGAUCAGAUUGUUGUACAUUAUGAUAACGCCAACAUGACUAACGACGAGCAGCAUGAUCAAGGUGUUCUAGGAUCUUGGACUAGAAGGGCUGCGGCCACAUUAAGAACGAUUUUGAACAAGCGAAUACUACGUAUAACACUUACACACUGGUUGCUGUUAGUUAUAUGGGUUACUAUUCUAUGGAAAUUUACUAGUCAUUAUAGACAGCUGUACGCUAAGUCUGCUAUUUUUGCCACUCUAUGCACGAACAUUCUUUUGUUUGGCAUAUCCGACAUACUUGCCCAAAGUAUAGCCUGUUUUUACUCGUAUCGUGUGGAUCCUAUACCGCAAAUACUUAACGAUACUUUUCGUCAUGUUCAAGACAGCCGCGAUAUAGAGAAUGGAGGGGGUUACGAAAGCGAUGAACUAUCUAUCUUCAAUGAUUUUACUUCAGAACAUAGCUUCUACACGGAUAAUGAUGACUACCCUGAACUUGAUAGACCAUUGAAUACUUUCAAAACGGACACAUUCGACUUCUUCAGGUGGGCAUGCUUUAUGUGCUGGGGAUUUUUCAUAUCAUUUUUUCAGGCCCCUUGGUACAAGUUCUUGAAUUUCUUUUACACUGAAGACCCCACAGUGGUGCAGGUUUUUGAAAGGGUUCUUUCAGACCAGCUCCUUUAUUCACCAAUAUCUCUCUAUUGUUUCUUUAUGUUUUCAAACUAUGUGAUGGAAGGUGGAGAUGGGGAUACUUUAGGCAAGAAAAUCCAAAGACUGUAUAUAUCUACGCUUGGUUGCAACUAUCUGGUGUGGCCAAUGGUGCAAUUCAUUAAUUUCCUUAUUAUGCCCAGAGAUUUCCAAGCACCAUUUAGCUCCUCGGUUGGAGUGGUGUGGAAUUGCUUUCUUUCGAUGAGAAAUGCCUCUAAAUAG